AUGAAACUGAGCGGGAAACCAGCCGUUCCAUUGCCUCUCUCGUCAUGGAACUCCGUCGAUUGCGUCGCGGCUCGCGUCGCGGUCCCCGUGGAAAAGCGGACCCCUCUGUCUGCGCUCUCCCACUCUCUGGCCUCUGUCGCCGUCUUUCAGCCCUUUCGUCCUGUGUUUCUAUUCCGAUAACACACGUUCAGAUUCAUAUCUUGUCUUUGUCCCGAGGAUUCUCUCUUGCGUAGAAGUUUCCGGUCCUUUUUGCGCUUUUAAAUGACGCUUUAUGUACCAAUUCAUCGAUUUAUAUUAAAGGUUUUUCUCGAGUUCCAACCAGUUACACGAAAGUCUCGAUCAGUUUAAAUUGGUAUGAAAUGAAAACGUAUUUGCUUUCAACUGUGACACAAAACCGAAACAAAAAAGCGGUAGGUGAGUUCUAAAAAUUUCCUUAUUCGCUCGUACGUUUUGCUUAUUAUAUAAAUUUUUUUUUUUUCUGAUGACGACUCAGCAAAAUAAACUUUCAAAACUUUUCGCGAAUGUUUCAUCAAGCUGAAUCGCAGAGUAAGCUUUUAGAAAAGACAUAAUUUUUUAUCUUUGUUCUGAUUAUCUAAUCAAAUCAUAUUGCGAAACGAUAUUAGUAUUUUUUGCCUUAUCCGCUCUAGAAUGGUUAAGCUUGAAAACAGACGUCGUGUUUUUUUCUUUUCGAAUCAUCUGCAAACCAAGGUUGGUCAGCUUGUUUCCAUCGAUCUCUGGAGGUUAGUAGGCCAGGCGCUAAAAUGGCCUUCGAAUUUGAUCGUCAAAAACGGGCCUGUACUUUUAACGUUUUUUUUUUCUUCUUGAACUUUCAUGAGAACGUUUUCUUAGUUAUAGUCAGAAACAAGCAGGGAAUGUUCAGCCUAACCUUGAAAAAACUUGAAGAAUCUGUAUCUAACCUUACAAAUUUUUUUAAUUUGCAAAAGUUCAAUUUAACAUUGUAUUUCACCUUUCUUAAAUAGAUUACUAUCAAUUUCUCUCUGAGAAAUUGUAAUUUCUGCCUUUACAUUACGAAAUUAUGUCAGGUGUUGAACUUUUUCCGAGAAAUCCUUGAAAAACGUGGUGCAAUGAAAAACGAUUGGGAGAGAAGAGCAGAUUUGACAGCUGGCGCGCAAAUGUUUAGACUUUCCCCAUGCCUAUUUCAGUCCAACAACAAUAGUUUUCAUUUCUUUUUUCGAUAUUUCUAAGUUUGAGAAAACUAUUUUACGAUUUUUGCCGAAAGUAAAGGAACAAUCUACCAUAACGCUCAUUUUUUUUUCCAACUCAUCGAUUUGGGUUUAGGAUAUCCUAAACCCAAAUGGCGCAGAAAAAGUCUGCGCCUAAUGUAAAAAAAAUUCCUAGUCACGAAAAUAUGCUUCACAUUUUUUCCGCUCUUCUCGUAAAUGAAACCAUAUGAUUCGGUACCUUUCAGCCUUUUCUGCUCUGAAUCAAAACCGCGGUUAACCACGAAGUGCUUGUUUUACAGUUUAAAAUAACAAUAUCGGGCUCUUGCGAUGUUGUCAGCUGGCGUGUUUGAUUUUCGACGCCCAUUUUUGGACUCAUGAUAACGACUUGGUUUGUAAGCGUCAUUUUUGCCGCUUUUUUCUUCUCACUUGUCAACUUUUUUCUCGAUUAUCAAUGCGUAUUAUAUUCCAUUAAUUUUCUUGUUGCAAGAUAUCCUGAUGCCGAUGAAGAUAAACAUUUUCCGCUUCUUUUUUUUUUACUUUUAUCUUUAACAUUCCAUUAUUUUCUAGUUUGAAAAGCAAUCAUUCGGAUCGUUGGGACUUUCUUUCAAACUUCCAUUGCAUCUUGCGGCCUUGCCCAAGCUUCAACCGAUAACCAUCGGCAGCCCGUACCGAAAGGCUGGAUUUUUAUCUAUGGAAUCUAGAAUCAUUAGUUUUAUUCUUUAUUCUGGAAGUACAUGUUACAUGAAGUGGUUCUAAUCACUUUUUAAUCUAUUUCUCGUCUUCGAGGUCAUUUUAUAUCUUCCAAGAAGAUAUAGUAAAUUCGACGAACAGUGAAGAAACAUAAAUAACUUUAAAUAAUUAUGUUUCCAAAUUAUUAGAACAUGAACAGUUUUUUUCAUAGACGAAGAUAUUAAUUGAUAGUUUGAUAUUCAAAAAAAGGCAGCUUUCAUCCUUCGAAAUUCACGGGCAAAGUCCAGAAGACUUUAAAAAAAGCAACUUUGGAAAGGUUUUUAAAAGGCUUCAAAGACCUCUUUUUCUUGCACCCUUCAAAAAAAAAAUGUUUCUUUUAGAGAAAAAAAAAGAAAGAGUCGGAAAAAAAAAAUGAAAAAAAGGAGUCCAACAAACAUUCCAGUAACGGUAAAAUGAGCUCUAGGCUCUUUUCUUUUAAGUCCCUUUUGAGGCCAUUUGGCCUUUGCCCGUGUUGAACCAGCGCUAAAGUGAACAAAUAUAAAACAUGAUUUGAAACAAAAAUAUCUCUAUCAGAUCUCCAAUAUUGAACUGGAGCUCGAUAAUAUCUCUUCCGGCUUACAAAUUCUUUUUCUUCCUUUUCUGCACACAAAAAGAAGCGUUUCUUUUUUCUUGCUCAUCAUUUCUACGCGCGGUAUCCCAGCGACCGGUGUUCUGACUCCGUUUUCACGUACAUUCUCUCUAACAUUCUUUUUUUCUCAAAACUAUCGGUUUACUAGUUUCAGUAACGCCGAUCUCCUGGUCAACAAUCUUUUCGGGGUAAUUUUUGUCCUGGGCGAGCAAUAUGUCAGAGGGAAUCGUCCAGAGACGCCGGAAAGUAGAAGAGGUUUCAUUUCAGUCCAUUCUUUUGAAGUUAACUUGUCUCUUUUUGGACGAUUGUGCUGUUUUUAUUUUUCUGUGAAGCAUUGGUACUUUGUGCUUUUCAGCAAGAAACAAUUUCGAUUUUGCUAAAAAAGAAAACUUCAAAUUCAAAAUUUAAAAAAAAACGAUGUCCAAUGUGAUCCUCGAAGUUUAAUAGCUAUUAGGCAGUUUUUGGAUAUAUUCUUUUGUCCAAGCCUGAUGGAUAAAAAGCGGAAUACUGAACCUAAUAAGUUGAAAUGAGUGGCGAAAAGCGCGCAUUGAGAUUUUUCAACUUGAUAAACAGCGGGUUUUGCAUCGCGUCCUCUUUUUUUUGAGGCUUUUCGAAUAAACUUGAGGAGACGUUUGUGAACUUCUCCUAAGACCAAAAUGAGAAAAAAUCGAGUGUUAUUAAGUUUGUACGUUUGAUUAGUCUCAAAAUUUUACUUUCACAAAGAAAAUGGAAGGGUUAUUUGUGCGUGUCAGAAACGGCAGUGUAAAUACACUCCUAGCAAUAAUAUUAGUAUUGAUUCGAUUAUUUUUUUAUCUUUUUGCCAGGAAUAUUUUAUUCUAAAAACUUUACACGAAAUAAAGAAAAGCAAGGAGUUUUUUCAGCAGCCGGGCGAUCGUAAUGAGGAUGCCAGCGCAGAUUCGGCUCAUUCUUCCGAUCAGGUUAUUAAUUUUCUCCCAACUUUUCACAAGUAUCAUUUUCCCCUCAUUCAUGCCAUUUUUGUAUCUCUCUUCAUGAAUGUUCAGAAAAAGCUGAUUUUCAGGAAGACAAUGACAAAUCUACACGUCUCACGCUGAUGGAACAGAUUUUAUUGCUUGGGUUGAAAGAUCGCGAGGUACACAACCAUUUUUAUAUUAAAUCUGAAUAGAAAAAUCGGAUUCUCGUUGUGUUAAAAAUAUUUUAGCAUUUCAUUUUUUUGUCAAUGAAUUCUCACUUGAAUUUUUUUCAUUAGAUAGGGAGACAAAAAAAUAAGGAUCUCAAGUUAUAUUUUGUCAAAUUAAAGGAAAAAAAUUGAAAUUGAAACUUUUUUUCAUCAGGGGAGAACGAGAAAGUUUUUUUGGUCUGCCGAGAAUUUUUCAAAUAUAAAAACCUCUAAAAAGUGCUUUUUUUCUUUUCAUUCGGGUCUUCAUGAUUUUUUUAAUAACUUCAAAUUAAUUUCAACCCAAAAUGAAUAAAUAAUUGUUUGAAUGUUUGAAUAAUUCACUUCACGGGAGUAUCAAGCUCUCUAUAUUAAUAAUUUCAUUUUUCCCUUUUCUAGAACUUGAAGUAAUCGAUAUGUUCGAAAUUGUAUCAAAAACGCCAUAAAUGGCUUUUGCAAUGCUCGUUUUAUGUGACGCCAACUCAUGUCGCCGAAAAUUUUUGGUUUAUUUGUCCAGGUGUUUCUCUACAGUUUUUGCAGCACUUUCCUUUCAGUGAGAUAAAUCUUUUUUGAAAUCCGGACAAGAAAAGAAAGAUGGGUGAUUUUUGAGCGAACAUGUGUUUAUUUUUUUUUGAGAGGAUUUUAAGUGAAUCUACACAAUAAAAAUUUUUUCCAAUAUCUCAAAAAAGAUGAAUUAUGAUAGUCUCCAUUUCAAUAAAGCGAUGAUUCAUGAAUUAGUAAAAAAAUUAUGCAUCGCAAACGCUUUUAACACGACAAUAUGGAUUAUACUCAGUUUAUAAAAGAUCAGUUGAAGAUAUUUCUCGUUUGGCAACAUUGGUUGUUUUGCAGGGGUACACUUCGUUCUGGAACGACUGCAUCUCCUCGGGCCUCCGCGGCUGCGUUCUCGUCGAGCUCGCCCUUCGCGGCAGAAUCCAGCUCGAGGGCAGCGGAAUGAGGCGCAAAAGCCUCCUCAACAGAAAAGUACUUUCUUAAUGAGCCAACGCCGUUUGAAUAGCUUUUUCAUCAUGUCAACAGUAACAGAAACAAUCAGCAUGUUGAGAACUUUUCACAAUAGUUGAAGGAAUAGUGAAGUUAUAUUUUAACAAAUAUAGGGGGAUAAGUUGGAAAAAAGAAUAGAGGUCCAUAAACCUCUACAGUUUUUUGUGAAGACAAGCUGGCGAUGAAAGCUUAAUUAAAAGUCGUUGUCGUCGAUUCAUUAUUGCUAUUUAUUCCUGUUGAACCUUUUGAACCGGUAACUUUUGAAUCCGCAAUAUGAUCUCCAGAAGCUCACUCAUCGGACGUAGGAACUUUGCUUAAUAAGGUAUUCUGAUAAAUUGAAAUGAAAAUAAAUUUUCAUUUUUUAUCGCAAUGCUCCGUCGCGCAAAGAUAAUAUUUCCGGCUUAUCUCGUGAUUUAUCCUGAAUAGCGUAAAUUUAAGUAUCUAUAUUUAUCAUCUUCAGGUGAUCGUGAAGAGUGCGGAGCCGACGGGUGACGUCAUCUUAGACGAAGCUCUGCGACACAUGAAGGAGACCUCGGCGCCGGAGACGGUCACCAGUUGGGUCGAGUAUCUCAGUGGCGAGGUUCGUUCAAUAUACAUUUCCAAGUCUUGAAAGUAGAAGUUUUGUGCCACCACGGAUUUCAAGUCGUGAAAAAAAGAGAAAAUCUCUGAAAAAUGCCUAAUUUACUCUCCAACGCAGACAGAGGUUUUAGAAGCUGGAAAUUGCUAUAAACUUUAAUUAUUAAAAAACCAUCACCUCAAAAAAUGUUGAAUUUUAUCUACUCCCGAAUAUUUUUUCCUGAUAGACGUUUUGUAGACUUGGAAUCCCUUGAAACUUCGUUAUCAACUGCGAAAUGUACGCGAACGUCUGGCCAAGAAUCUUGUCGAGAAAGGCGUUUUGACGACCGACAAACAGAAUUUCUUGCUCUUCGAGAUCACCACCCAUCCGUUGUCUGAUGGAAACGCGAAGACCAAACUCAUCAAGGUGGGCGAAAUCAAAUGAAGCCAGAAUCAUCGGCCGGUUAUCGUGUGAAAGUUUUCAAUAAUUUUUGUGCUGAUAAUUGAAAAAAAGUAUAUUUAAAAUUUUUAAAUUAAUCAAUAGUCUUCAUCUCUGAAGCGAGAUCUUCGAAGAGUCCUUCUGAGCGUUUUUUUAGUCGGCUAACUACUUCCUUGGAAGUCAUUUUAAAACUAUCGGGAAAAAUCUGCUUUUCAAAUGCUUCUUUGUGACCAUUACAUUUCUUCACAAGCUUUGCAGGAAGUCCAAGAGACAGUGCUGGGCAAAUGGACCAACGACGUGCACCGAAUCGACCGCAAAAUGCUGUCUUUGAUCGUUUUGGCACACGCGAGCGACGUUCUCGAGAACGCUUUCGCGCCGCUCAGCGACCAGGACUACGAGGUACUCCCCGUUUCAUGGCCGUUUGGGUGCUAUCUGAACAUGUUGACUGCAGGAAAAAAAAUCUCGAAAUUCGCCUUUUUUAGUCGCGUAGCCGCGAAAUUCACGACUCCACCGACAGCGUUCUAGCUUUAAUAAUUAUGAGCAAAAUCUUGCGUUUUUCUUAAACUUCAGAUCCGCGCGCAACUAAUUUUCAUCCUUGCUCAUACGUUUUUUUAUCGUUCUGUUUUUGCUGUGAGGUAAUUGGAGAAAAGUUUGAUGGCCGAUGGAUUUCAUCAUGAAACUCUUUGACGCCCUCAUGUUUACGCUGCGUGAAUUCUCCUGCAUAUGGCUUUUGGAUAGACUAAUUGAUAGUUAUCCGUCCUUGAUCGGGUCCAUUCUGAUUUAUCUGAACGGCCUAUGAUCUGAAUGUUCUCAGCUGGCGAUGAAGCGCGUCCGCUCUCUUUUGGAAUUGGACUACGACGGACAGGCGGAGAAGAAGGGAAACGAAGUGAUGUGGGCCGUCUUCGAGGCGUUCAGCAAGUGAGGCUAAUUUUUCCCCUUUUUUGGAUUGAAGGAAAUCGACUGUUUUUGUUCGUUUUUGAGCAGUUUUUUUCUCACAAGAGUGGUGAUUUUGGUGUUUGGAUCUUUCACGGUGUUUUUUUCAUUACGCAAGGUCAAGACUUUUCGUAAAUUAUGAUGCUUAGGGUGUAAGCACACCGAGACGCACUAUCGCAUACUCAAAAAUGUUUUUUUAAUUUUAGAAUUUGCGAUUUCAGGAUAAUAGCUCCUGAAAUGUUCGAAAGUUGUCAUUUUGAAGAAUAUGAUGUGAAAAAAUUCACUUUCGUUGAAAAAAACAUUUAGGAACGAUUUCGAAAGGGGAAAAACUCUAAAUUACUGAUUACAAAAUAAAAAAACAAAAAAAUAUUAUGUAAAAUGAAUCAGCUCCCAUUGAAUAAGCAUUUAUAAAUACGAAAAAAAUAUUGAAAUGAGGAAAAAUUCGAGGAGCAAAUGAAAAAAACAUUUUAUAUACCUCGAAAAACCUAGCUUCAGAAAAAAACAAGUAAUGGAUAGAAAGCAGAAAUUUUAGAAAAAAACCUCGUAUGGCGAAAUUUUUUUGUUUAAAUCCGAAAAACCAUCAAAAAAACUAGAAAAAAAUAUAUAAUUUAGAUGAUGCAUAUAUCAAAAAUCAUUAAACUGCAUCAGCAAAUUCAAUUUGGCUCUAAUUUACACGAAACCGGUUUCAAACUACGUCAAAGGAACUAGAUAAUAACUUUUUAUUAUUAACUGAUUAAAUUAAAAACUAUAGUUUCCGAAAUAGAGUUACUCUUUUCAUGUCGCGAAACAGAUUUCAAAAUUUUGAAAAAUUAGGACUUUUAGAAAAAUCUUCAACUAUUUUGAGAAAAAAGUUAAAGAUCUGAAACCGGUUUAGAAAAGUGCGCAAUUUAAAACUCCACAAAAUGUACCCAUAGAGAGGCGGAUCACAUAAAUGCAAGAAAUAGAAAAAAGUAAAAAACCAAUGAAAAAAGUGUAGAAAUUCAAUUUUUGCAUCAGAAACGAUGAGAAGGGCGCAAUGAUGCGCCACGGAUAAUAUGCCGCUGGGACCCAAAAUUUCGCAUUUUUUUUCAUUGCGCGGAACACCGUGCUUUCUAUAAACCUCCUCAAAGAUUAUUUAGAGGACUAUAUGCAGAUCUUUCAUAUCCAAUUAUUGUGUAAAUUUUUCCGAGAUUUCAAUUUUUAAUUUGCUGAGAAAUUCCAAACUGUAAGUUCCUCGAACUUGUUAGAGGCUAAUAGCAGUCGUAAAAAGGGAAAUAGAAACCUAUUUUUUUCAGGUAA